UUAAUUCGACAAGCGACAUAGGUGUAUCACUUUAAUCAGUGCGUUUUAUAAUUCGCAAUGCGAUAUUUCGUUAAGGUUUUCGUGUUGUUAAAGACCGUAUGUAUCAUCGUAGACAGCCAGUCUAUAGUUAGGGUUAACCAGCCGGGAAUUUCUGCUACAUCUCGCCCAGCUAUAAGAAUCACCAUUGACAACAGACUACCAGGUCCAACACAACUGCGAAAACUAAGGUCCUCUGCACAAUCUUUAACUUUGACAUAUACACCACCACCUGGGUAUUUAAAUGAUGCGAGGUACAGCCAUUUCUGGGUGAGAUAUGGAAGGUAUGACGACACAAGGGGAAGCAGUUGGCAAUCUCGUGAAAUCUUGAAGACUUCUAAUCCAAAUAGUUUAAUUCUUACUGACCUACAGUCUGGUUUUCUCUACAAUAUCACAAUCCAGUCAAGACGAAGAAAUUUGUUAAACUAUCAGCAUUCACCGGUGACUUCACAAACGCUAGCAAGAACAAACCCUCAGCCACAGAAUUUCACUGUAAGCCGAUCUCCUGGUGGCUGGUCCCAUGCUGUAUUAUCAUGGGUAAGAUCACCAAGUGAAAGGCUGAGAAAUAACUAUGAUAGAUUGAUGCUCACUUAUUACAUACAAGGUUUGACACCCACACAACAACUGAUAUACCCCGUCAAAAAUGAAACAAUUUAUCCCCCUGGUAUUCUGCAAAUGUUUCAACCAAUUCGAACAACUUUAACAAAUUUAGAAAAAGGCGCAACAUACGUCUACAACCUUGUAACAUACAGUGGGGGGCUUGAUGGCGUUGACGAAACAUUCAGCAGCCCUGUAACAGUAAUAAAAACAUUAGGUAUUCCUGGUCCUUCAAAUUUAACGAAAACUGCAACGAAUUCUACUUCACUAAGCUUGACAUGGGAUAGAAGGCCAGGUGUGGAUAACAUCACAGGAUAUUUAAUGUCUUACCAACGAGUACAAAGUACUGAAACAUCAGAAAAUAUCACCUUGCAAAAUACUUCUGCUACCAUAUCCAACUUGUUGCCUGGAACAAUAUAUGCGAUUCGUAUCAUGGCACUUCGCGGAAACAGUUUGUUUGGAAGGACUACAGACUUCAGUAUUGCUUACUUCAGAACGCAACCUGCAAAAGCGGAAAACUUACGAGUAACAAGACACACUGAGACGAUCAUACAAGUUACAUUCAAUCCACCUUCAGUUGGGGAUUACACUGAUUAUCGCGUGCGUUACCAAACCAAUGAUAAAAGAACGAUUAUGACAACUUUACCAAGAUCUUCAGAGAGAAAUGCAACUGUUAAUCUGUUGAACCUAAAACCUGGUGCCUUGUAUAACAUUGAGGUAGUCGUUUACAGUCGACAAGUUUUAUUUGAUGAUGAAACAAGAAGUAGUGUUUCCAUCUUGGCAAGAACAAAUCCAACUAGGCCAAGAAAUGUGACUGGUUUCUCUGCAAGAGGAACAAUUUAUCUAAGUUGGCAAAUUCCUAGUGGUAUUUAUCCACGAGCAGUAUGGAGAUAUAAAAUUGAUUAUUAUGAAGUAGGCUUAAGAAAUGAAUCGCGUACUAUGUGCCAGAUGAAAGGACAAAACUUCCAGACAGUUCUUCUCACUGGUCUUUCGUCUGGUGUCGGUUAUUAUGUCACAAUGAGCACGGUAGCAGGGGGAAAUUGUAGCUCAAAUGUAGAGUCUGAUGAUGUAACUUACAGCAGAACAACGGAGCCGAUACUACUUUACACACAGCCAAGCAACCCAGUUAUAGAUUUCUGGAAACAAAUUACUUUGGACACUGUGCGUAUUAAAUGGAACGAACCUGGAGCAAGUUUCUCCCGUUUUGACAACUUUAUUGUCAGUGUAAGAAGUGUCCCAACAGCUGAAACUUCUGUACCAUAUAGACUAGAAAGGUUUUCGGUUGAUGUAAAUAAAGAUAAAACCUCAUAUGACAUUAAGCUAACACAAGGGUUACAUUAUCAAGUUAACCUCACAACUGUAGCUGGGUUUGGUGCAUCAGGAAAGAGCAGUGUAGUGGUACCCGGUGUCAAUUCAGUCACGUUUAAAACUUGGUAUCCUUAUUCUGAUCAUUUUCUAAACCCUAUUCUGCGAUGGAAGUUUACCAACUGUGGUAGGAAUGGUAGAAGAGGUCCAAGCCAACUGCAAUGUGAUGUCUCAUAUAGUGGAACUAGUUUGGAACGAACAGUUGAAGUAAGGAAUGGAAUUCAAUAUUGGAAAGCACCAAUUGAAGGUUUAUACAGAAUAGUAGCAGCUGGUGCAGGCUAUCAAGGUGCUGGGGGUCUUGGUGCGACAGUUUCUGGUUUAUUUCAUUUAAAACAAGGAGCUGGUUUAAUGAUUGGUGUCGGUCAGCGGGGCGUCAGCCGUGGUGAAACUAUGACAGAAGGGGGCGCUGGAGGGACAUUUGUCGUGGCAGAAAGACCAUCAGCACAAGGAAUUGAUGAAGCUAACUUAAAAGAAGCAAUGCUUGUUGCUGGUGGAGGAGGCAGCGCAGAAGUUGGUUUGCAACGCUCAGCAUUGUCCAACGCACAAUUGAAACAUAACGCUGCCAAUGCUUCGAGUAUUGGGAUUGGGUUUGGGUUGGGUGGGAAAGGAGAUGUGGCAUAUCCAGGUCCAGGGCGAAGAGGAUCUUUUGGGGCAGGUGGAGGAGCUGGCUUGUAUGGGGUUGCUGGGCCUGCUGUUAUUGCUGACCCAACAGACACUGUCUACCCCGCAGUUGGUUUUUAUCCUUUCCAAGGAAAUGGUGAAACAAUGAACAUGACCGAGCGAAUGAAGUAUACACCUUUAUAUGGUGGGAGGGUCGAUAGACUUGAUUUCACAUUUUCUGAAGGAGGGUUUGGUGGGGGAGGGGCCGGGUACUUAACUGGGGCUGGGGGUGGUGGGGGCUACAGCGGGGGAGGGGGUGGAUCACCGGGGGGUUACUCUGGAGGGGCUGGGUCUUAUAUAAAGUUCACUGGUGGGAAACAACAAGCAGAAUUGACCAACGACCAACCUGGUUUUGUUGUUAUCUCAGUAGUUGGUUUACCAUCGACGUCACCUAUUCCAGUGACUUUGUACCUUGUCAUAUCUUUUGUGGUCGGGAUCUGCAUGACACUUAUUUGUGGGGGUGGCUUAUUCGGUGUAGCAAAAUGCACAGAUAAAUAUAUGGAUAAGAUGGAGAUGGCUGAUACAAGGUUAACUGAAGGACCUGUAAGCACUAAUUACUCAACAACAUUUGAUCAGUUGAAUAUUGAUAAAAUAGAAGAGUCAACCAACACGGAGAGUGAAUUCAGUGAAAAUACUGAUGAACCAGUUGAACUGGCCGAUGAACAACCAGAAAAGUUGGUAAUAGAGAAAGAAGAAGCUCUACCAACUUUUAUGCCAAAUCUAAAACGAACUGAUACUUUUAAAUCGCAAAGUGAGAGCGAGGUGUCAUCCGCAUCAAGUGUUUCUUCUGUCACAACGGGAGUUCUUAAUCGUAAUUACGAUUCUGAUACCGACACUACUGCUGGGAAUUUUCGCUCAAGAAACGGAGUAUCAAGAAAUAAUUCACAUUUCGAGAGCGUGACUGAAACAGAGCGAGAUGUUAGUGAUGGUGAAGAACUACCUCCCCCACCUCUUACUCCUCCUCUUGAUAAACCACCACCGGAGGAGCUAGUAAGUGAGGACAUUAAGCGGGACUUCAGACAGAAGUUGAAUCUGUUUCACGAGAUGGCACUGAGGAACAGAGGCCAGCCAAAACCAACAGAGCCAAAAUUUGUUCCAAGUACAAACCUCUAACACACAAUUAGACACCAUUCGAAUAAUUGAGCACUUAUGUAAGAACUCAUUGUCGAUGUUGGUUACCAAAAAUUAAGUUUUAUUUUACAUGCAUUGCUGCGAAUAAUGUGGUGUAUCCAUCAUCAUCUAACUGAUUGAAAAUAUCCAAUUUUCUUUUUCAAGACAAAUUAUAUUUGCUAAUGUAAGUUUUGAACGCAUUAAGGAACAUUUUAUAUUUGCUAAUGUAAGUUUUGAACGUAUUAUGGAACAUAUUAUAUUUGCUUGUGUAUGUUUUAAACGUAUUAUGCAACAUAUUAUAUUGCUUGGUGUAUGUUUUGAACGUUUGGACAAAAGAUAAAUGGUCUUCGUAACACUG